CUCGUGUACUGUUACGUCAUAGGUCAAAGUUGAAACUGCUGACAACAAAGACAACAUGGAGGCUGAGAAUAGAAGAAGGAGCGGAAACUCAACUAAAACCUCUAAAAAAGGUGGGAAAUGCGACCAAGCACAGCCCGCCAAAGAAGAAGCAAGAAGGAGGGAGGCGGUGAGGGAGACGUUACGGGAGAAGAUGGAGCUGGAGAAACGAGCCAUGAAGGUAGUGGAGCGUCUCCUGGAGGACCGGGUGGAUGAAGACUUCCUGGUUGACUGUGCAUGGUUUAUUCUUCCUGCUAAUUACAAAGAUACAAUAGAGGAGAGAUCCAUAGCUAAACUGUGUGGUUAUCCCUUAUGUUCAAAUAAACUUGGAAAGAUACCAACUCAAAAGUAUAAAAUUUCUACUAAGACCAACAAAGUGUAUGACAUCACCGAGCGCAAGUGUUUUUGUAGUAACUUCUGCUACAAAGCCUCCAAAGAGUUUGAGCUGCAAAUCUCGACUACACCUCUCUGGCUCAGGCUGCAUGAGAGUCCUCCAGAAAUCAAAUUGAUGAAGAAAGGAGAUGGCGGGAUAUCUGGUGAGGAGGUGAUGCUGUUGGCGAAGGGUCUCCAAGAGGAGGACAUCGAGAACCCUCUUGCUGCUCAACCGCUGGACCCUCAUCAGGUGGAUUCUACUGCAGACGGGCUCAGCCACAUUGAAAGCAGCGACAUUGAACAGGAGCAAGAUUUUGUCUCCAGUGUGAUUUCCCCACAACAGGGACCCAGGGUGCACUGGGGCAACCUACCUAAACUUACAGAUGCAGAAGAGAAAAGCGAUCGUGGGAAAAUAGAGAUGCAAAAGAAACAGAGGAGCGAUGGUGAUGAAGAGGAACUUGAGGGUCAUCAAAGUCAGGGCCCCGACAGGGAGAGAAAAAUGACGGAAGAUGAGAAUAGACGGGAAUCUUUAUCUUGUGAAACGGAAGUCAGAACUGAUGUUGAAAUAAGGCUGCACUCAUCAAACCCAGAUAAACUUAAUAGAGAACGGGUACCAGAGCAGAAAGGCCUCCUUGACGAACCUAGUGUGGAAAAGGCUACAGCUAAAUUUAAUUUUUGCAAUUUAUCUGAGACGGUCCCUCAUAGUGCUCUGAAGCCUGAUUCAUCAGCGAACCCCAAACAAACAGAACAUUCAAAUCUACUCAACUCUCCACCAAGUAAAGACCCAAACAGCUUGACAGAAAGCACAGAUCUCCCUUCGUCAAAACAAAACAACAUGAAUCUGGACGACCACGACACAACAUUGACCAGCCCACCAGGCCUUAACAUCAUCCAGGUGGGUAUGAGCAGGAGGGGGGCAGCAGGCCUGCAAGAAUUACUCAGAAACCACACAGACAAACCCGACUCCCUCCGGCUGAAUCUUCUUGAGUGCCUGAGAAGGACGUUAAAGGACUGGAGCACAGACGAGACCCUGAAGUUCCUGUAUGGUGCCGACCAUUCGCUACGCUCGCCUAUGGCCGAUAAAGAAGAGGCGGGGGAGGAGAAGGAGGAGCUGGAUGAAGACGACCUUGAGGAUGAGGUGAACUAUGAGGAUGCAACAGAAGUUGGUGUUGGGGAGCAGAAGAGACCAUCUACUUCAGCUCCAGACUACAGUCUGCUGCAGAAAGAGACCCAGCAGCUGGAGCUACGAGUCAGGGAGUUUUAUCAGGGGACCUGGGUGGAGCAGCCGCACGGAAGCAAGGACCAGAGCACAAAGGACCCAGCGCUGCCGCUUGUUGACUCUCGCGCUCAGCACGUCAUCCGGAAACAAAUCACAGUGGAGAAGCUCACCAGCUGUCUCAGAAACAUUGUCGGUCCUCUGCGUCUCAACAUAAGCGACUUCUCCACUGAACUGAACAUUCUGGUCAGGACAUUCAGGUUCACUAACACCAACAUCAUCCACAGAGCUACAGAGUGGACCCUCUUAGCAGUCUUGCUCCUCCAUCUGUUGUCGGAGGUGUCUCCGCUGGUACGAGAAGCUUUGGAGAUGACAACGUCAGCCAAGUAUUUGAGCACACUGAUGGAGGAGCUCGGUCUGCAGGAGCAGGACCUUCUGAACGUAGUCCAGCUGUUCAAAGCCCCGGCACACUGAGACACACACACACACACACACACACACACCCAGACAUGGAUAUCAAAUAUCCAUUCAAGAUCACUGACUGAAUGUAAUUCAAUUAGGUGGGUAUCAGAGUUUUUUUCCACGAAUAAAGUUCUGUUAUAACUUUUGAAACCA